UUUCCUCAUUCUUCCGUUCGUACAUUGCAUUUCUUUGACGACAGUCUUAGAAUGUGCUUGUUGAUUAUGGACAUUAUAGUCAGUUUAUAGUUAUAAGACUGUUUAUUUUUCUUCUAAGUGGAGAUUUCGUGUACAUUUUUGGUUUGUUUACUUAUCGUCGAACAGGCUCAGCAUGGCAUCUUGUAGUGAGACCAGCGUUGAUUUCUACCAAAUACCCUUGGUCGCUUUAAAUCAUAGUGUUAGGAAAAAGCUUGGACUCUAUUUAAAUCCGUCGAGCACUGUGGCAGAAGACUGGACUAGUAUCGCAGAAAGGAUGGACUUUUCAUACCUUGAAAUCAAAAAUUAUGAAAACUGCCAAAAUCCUACUCUGAAGAUCUUAGAAGAUUGGCAGGCGCGCUGCCCAGACUCAAGCGUUGGAAAAUUACUGUCCAUAAUCGAAGCCGCGGCAAGGAGCGACAUAAUCUGUGAUCUCAAAACAUUAAUAGAGGAUGACUGCAUCAAGUAUCUGAAGAAGCAAAAGGACCCUCCAGUUCAGGUCCCAGAGGUGCACAGCUCUAUCAAAACCCCAGAGCCUUAUGGCAUCACCAUGCAGGACGAUCCGAGGGGUCACUCUCCUGAGAUGUUUGAUGCCUUCAUCUGCUACUGCCAGAGCGACUUUAACUUUGUCUACGAGAUGAUCAAGCAGCUGGAACAGACAGACUACAGGCUGAAGCUGUGCGUGUUUGACAGAGAUGUCCUGCCCGGAACGUGUGUGUGGACCAUCACCAGUGAACUCAUUGAGAAGCGGUGCCGAAAGAUGGUGGUCAUUAUUUCUGACGACUACCUGGACAGUGAGGCCUGUGAUUUCCAGACCAAGUUUGCUCUUAGCAUCUCUCCAGGUGCUCGCAGCAAAAGACUCAUUCCUGUGGUCUACAAGCCAAUGAAAAAGCCAUUCCCUAGCAUUCUAAGGUUCCUGACGAUAUGUGAUUACAACCGGCCCUGCACGCAGGUUUGGUUUUGGAGUCGGCUGGCUAAGGCCCUGUCUCUGCCCUGAUGCCAUGGAACGGGCUAUGCGAAAAUUUUGAGUACCGAUAUGCAACAAUAGUCUCCUUCCUUGUUGGCCGUUGGGGAAGUUUAUGGUUAGGUUUCCGAGUAGUCGAUAGCACCUACAGUACCUGGCAGAUUCUGGAGUUUCCUUCUCAUGCAGUUGCACAAAUGGUCUCUCACUGCAUUAAUGUAUAUAGAAUAUAUUUUUUUAAGUUUUUAAAAGAAAUGUGAUGGUAUUUUUAGAAUUUCAUAUUUUGAUCUCUUUUGUUUAUAUUCUGUUUUUGAAUUGAAUUACCUGAUUUAUAUUUGGUUUGGUCUAACAUUGUUUUUCAUCUGCUUCAGACAUUUCUCAUCUGUGUAACUGCUGAACCACAAACAAAUGAUAAAUGAGAUUAGAUGAAUUACAUGUGACUGCCUUUGCAUAAGCAAGGUUUUACUUACAAUGUUUGCAGAUUAGAUUGUUUUGUUUAAAGAUAGGUUUACAUCAGUAUUGUAUCUUAAUGAGUAUGCAUUGGGAGAAAAUGGGCUAUUAUUUUCGGACCAAGGAUGUCAUGAAUGUAUUUUAUUUUAUUAUUAUGAAUUGCUUAAAAAACUGAGAUGAUUCUGUGAAA